UCUUGCUGGCCUUAUAUUCUCCCUAGUUUUGUAAACUGAGCCAAUCUGACUUUGCAUUUAAAGCUCCCUUUUUUAUUAAUGAGCAAUGCAGAGCAGUAAAGAUGAUUGCCAUCCUCUCUUAUAAAACCCAAUGACCAAAGUGAACAACCCCUUGUCCUUUCAAAUUGAAGCAACUUCAAGGUAUUUAUGCCUUGUGGAAGGCUGGAUUUCACUUUCAUUCACAGCUUCUAGCUGUCUUCUGCUCAGUGAAAUCAGAGGGAAUUUAUGGUUAUUUUGAUUACCAGGUGGUGCGGUGGGAGUUAUAUCCUGCCCUAUUAAAUGGAUAUUUGUGGUUUUGGUAGCUUUCAUAUAUAGUUUGAGAUUGGCCUGCAGGCAGGCCUCACAGAUCGAUGAGAGAGAUCAGAUACAUAAUUAAACGCAUUGUAUAUACUGCUUUUCUCACGCCUCUAUACUUGCCCAUUUACUAAUUUUCCGCUUCCUUCUUCUACUUGCUUGCUUCUUGCAAUGGAGUCUUCCCAAAUGUUCGGAGCUGCAGAAGAAUGUCACAGCAGCGAAUCUGGGUGGACAAUGUAUAUUGGUGAUGACGAUGAUGAUGAUGGCGGUGGUGGUGGUGAUUACGGGCAUAGUGAUGAUGAUGGAAAUGACGACGACGACGACAAUGAUGCUAAUCACGAUGAUGAUAGUGAUGAUUCCAUGGCUUCUGAUGCUUCUUCCGGCCCAAGUCAUCGGAGUACUGGAAAGGGUGCUCAUGGCAGCUUGGCCGUUUCCAAGCGCGACGAGGAAGAGAAUGAUAUAAUUGACAGGUGCUUAGACAAGAAACCCAACAAACCGCAAAAGGAGAUGCAGAGAGGUCAAAGGAUAAAGAAAGAUAAAAAAGAGUCGACGGUACCGGUGCUCAUGGCAAACGCUCCAGCUCAGAGUAGUGGUGCCAAGGUAAGAAAAGACAUGUGGAUGGGCAAAACGAAAUAAAAUGGUUUUUGAGGUUGUUUUGUAGGUUGGUACCAUGGGCUGAAAAGUGUCUCAGAUUCUCAGAUCAGAAAAGAAAAUGGGCUACAAAGUACUAGCUAGCUAAUG